AUGAUGAACGAAUCUUUGACUAACUAUUCGUUUCAUAUAACACAGCCUCUAGAAGCUGAUGUCAGACAAGAAUUUACUGCUAAUCAAAGCCAUCAAAAAAACUCUUAUUUUGGAUAUAAAUCUCAUGAAAUUACCCUUCGACCUGAAGCACCAGAAUUUAUUCCUUCUUGGCUGAAAAAAGCUAUACAUUCAUCAAACUCUAAUUUAGCUGAAGGUGAUUGCCAAUGUGGGCAAACUUUCACACCAAAUUUUCAGGAUAAUAACAUAUUAAAAAAUUCCCAGUUAAAAGAAGGCUCAAUUAACGAGAGUGAGCUAAUUCAAAAAAGCAGUUUAUUUGAUUUAAAUAAGGUAGUAGACACACCAGCUUUUGAACCUAUAAAAGAUGUUAAUAUUGUAGAGCAAUAUCAAGAUUUCAAUAACAAGAAUAACAUUGAUUUUUACACAGAUAAAUCAGAUUAUCAUCAAAACCGCAGUGAAUGUGUGAAUGGAACAGAGGCACCUAUUGUUGAACCCAAACUGCGUAACGUUAAAUACCAAGAUUAUUGGCAAAAUCCUAGGAGAUUUGAUAAUAGAAAUACAAUUAAUUCUAGAAUUCCGAGGGCCAACACUAGUCAAAAUGAUAAUGAAUAUAAAACAAGAAAAACAAUUGAUGGAAAUAUUGGUUAUGAAUCUUCAGAAAUUGUGCAUUCUAAUCAAUCACCAGAAAUUGAAAGUCCAAAUUCAACAUCCAGGCAUUCUAGGAACGAUCAUAGUCAAGAAUAUGAAAAGGAGGUUGUUGGUAGAAGACCAAAAUUUAAAGAUGUAAAAUGUAACAAACCUUCCAGCAGAGAACAAAUAGUAUCUGGAACUACAGGAUCCAAUUACUAUGAAAAUAAACAAAAUAGACAAGUGAGCGAAUUCAUUCCAUCGGAAAUAAACAACCCUUAUCGUGUGGAACAUAAUAGAUGCACAAGUGUAAAAUAUAUUCAUUCUUUACAAGAAUACCCACUUGGUGAUGUUAAUACUUGUGGUGUGUCUGUUGAAAGUAAAACAUUAAAUCAAGCAUCUAUUGAAAAUAAUGAAAAAGAAGUAAUUGAAGACAGAACAGACAAAAUAAUAAAGAACGAUGACAGUCACGAAAACAUUCAUAAGUCACUUAGAGAAAAUUCAAAACAUAUGCGACAUAACAAAAACGAAGUAUAUCCUUCUAAAAGUUAUACUCGUAACGUACGAGACAAAAAAGAUAAAAAUUUUAAUAUUGUGAUUGAUGAAUGUGAGGUAGAUAGAAAUGCAGAAAAAAUAUCUCAAGGGAAAUUCAACUACGAGUUAGUAGAACAAAGGUUUAAGAAUCAACAUCACGGUCAUACACAAAAUCGUACAGCCAUAAGAGGAUAUAACAAAGAAACAGUAAAUGAAACAGAAAGUACAAGAAUUGAUAAAGGAAUAGAAUCUAGACAUUCUUUCAGAGAAAAACGAGACUACGAAAAGAACUCUACUGGGGUUUUUUUAUUUACUGGUAGACGAAGUAAUGACAAGCCCAGAGACAUAAAAAAAGAAAGAGGUUAUCAAAAAACAGAAAAAUCUAACGAAUUUUCGAGUGUUGCACAUAUGUUUGAUAAAAAUUAUGCCGAGGAAGACGUUGAAUACAAACAUGCCGAGGAAGACGAUGAAUACAAACAACUUUUCAUAAGUGAAUAUAACAACGAAACCGUCAAUGCAGAUACUUCUACAAAUCACAGUGAAUUUGGGGAAAGUACAAGAAUUGAUAAAAGAAGAACUAGACACUCUUUCAGAGAAAAACGAGACUACGAAAAGAGUUCUACUGACGUUUUAUUUACUGGUAGGCGAAGUAAUGACAAGCUGACUGGUAGACGAAGUAAUGAAAAACCGAGAGAUCUAAAACAAGAAAGAGGUUAUCAAAAAUCGGAGAUAUCUAAUGAAGUGACGAGUAUUGCACAUAUGUUUGAUAAAAAAUAUGCAGAGGAAGAUAAUGAAUACAAACAAUUUUUGGACGAAUUGCAUAGUAAAACAACUCCGGACUUUUCCAAAAUUCAGGAAGAAAAUAGAGAUUUGUUUGACAUGCCAGAGGAUUGGUCUUUAGCUCAUUGUGUAGCCGAGGAUCUAAGAAUGGGAAGUGGCAUAGCGGUUAUGUUUAGAAAUUCUUUUGGCAUGGUUGAUGUUCUCCUCAAUCAACGUCAGAUGCCCGGCGGAUUGGCUUUUUUAAAAAUUAACAAAAGAUAUAUAUUUUAUUUAAUAACAAAGAAGAAAUCGAGUGAUAAACCGACGUACAAAGAUUUUUGGUGCUCAAUGAAGAAUCUGAGGGACACUAUUAAAAGGUUUGAAGUCGUUAAAUUAGCUGUGCCUACACUUGGUUGUGGUUUGGAUCGAUUAGAUUGGUCUACAGUUAAACAUAUGAUAUCAUUUUUAUUUAAAGAUAUACCAAUUAAUAUAGUCGUGUGUAAAUUUCGUCAAAGUGAAGAGGAACCGUUGAAUUAUCGUUCUGUAAAAGUUAGGUAUAUCAAAGACAGUAUUUGUAAUACCACAGAAUCUGUUUUACUGUAUUUUACAACAGAAAGCUCACAUAUUUCGGAAGAGAUGAUUGAAUUGGACAAGAAAUUAAAUUUCUUACAACAUCUUCGAAGUGCUCCCAAAAGAUUUGGGGGUUGUGUAAUGUGUACAGCCCAAAACAUUAUAUUAUGUGGUUGUGUAGUUCGACAAAAGGUUAAUGACAGAUUUAAUUUUAUAAGUUUUAAAAGAUCUCUCGAACUAGUAAAAGAACAGGUUAAAGAUAAUAUUGCUAUUGAAUAUAUCACAGACGAAAAUGAUAAUUUAUUAUGUGCCAAAGUGGUAACUAUUUUGUUAAACACUUUUAAAGAUAUCGCUGUUAAUAUUUAUAAAGGAAAUUGUGAUGGUUCUUUUGGAGAACUCUAA